CACCAUGUGGAAGUCGUUCAACAGGUUCAGAAGGCACUGUUCUAUCACCAAACUAUCCAAAAAAUUAUAGUGUGGGACAUAAUUGUGUUUAUUCCAUAGCAGUUCCCAAGGAGUUUGCUGUUCCUAGAACAAGUUCCACACAGUGCAGUUCUGUGCCUGAACCAAGGUUUGGAAGAAGGAUUGGCAAUGAAUUUGCAGUUGGUUCAUUGGUUCUUUUUGAAUGUAACCCAGGAUAUAUUCUCCAUGGAUCCAUUGCAAUUAGGUGUGAUACAGUGCCGAAUUCUUUGGCCCAAUGGAAUGAUUCCUUACCUACCUGUAUUGUGCCCUGUGGUGGAAUUUUAACUAAGCGUAAAGGGACUAUUUUGUCUCCUGGAUACCCUGAGCCUUAUGACAACAAUCUGAAUUGUGUGUGGAAGAUCACAGUGCCAGAGGGAGCUGGCAUUCAAGUGCAAGUUGUCAGCUUUGCUACAGAACAUAAUUGGGAUUCUCUGGACUUUUAUGAUGGGGGAGACAACAAUGCCCCAAGACUUGGAAGUUAUUCAGGAACAACAAUACCCCAUCUUUUGAAUAGUACAUCUAAUAAUCUAUAUCUAAAUUUUCAAUCAGACAUCAGUGUUUCUGCUGCAGGAUUUCACCUUGAAUACACAGCUAUUGGUUUGGAUUCCUGUCCUGAACCACAGACUCCUAGCAGUGGGAUUAAAAUUGGAGACAGAUACAUGGUUGGUGAUGUAGUAUCCUUUCAGUGUGAUCAAGGCUAUUCUCUUCAGGGCCAUUCUCAUAUUACAUGCAUGCCUGGACCUGUAAGAAGAUGGAAUUAUCCAAUCCCAAUUUGUUUGGCUCAGUGCGGUGGUGCAAUGUCAGAUUUCAGUGGUGUGAUCCUCAGCCCUGGGUUUCCUGGAAACUACCCCAGCAGUUUAGAUUGCACGUGGACAAUAAGGCUGCCCGUAGGUUUUGGUGUCCAUCUGCAGUUUGUAAAUUUUUCUACAGAAACCAUACAUGAUUAUUUGGAAGUAAGAAGUGGGUCCUCAGAAACUAGUACUGUUAUUGGCCGACUGAGUGGUCCUCAAAUACCAUCUUCCCUGUUUAGCACAACCCAUGAAACCAGCUUGUAUUUUCACAGUGACUAUUCACAGAACAAACAAGGGUUCCACAUUGUUUACCAAGCCUAUCAGUUGCAAAGCUGUCCUGAUCCACGCCCAUUUCGAAAUGGUUUUGUAAUCGGCAAUGAUUUUACUGUGGGUCAAACCAUUUCAUUUGAAUGUUUUCCUGGAUAUACACUGAUUGGAAAUUCAGCCCUCACUUGCCUUCAUGGAGUGAGUCGUAACUGGAAUCAUCCACUUCCAAGGUGUGAAGCUCUUUGUGGAGGGAAUAUAACUGCAAUGAAUGGUACCAUUUACUCCCCUGGGUAUCCAGAUGAAUAUCCAAACUUUCAAGACUGUUUUUGGCUUGUAAAAGUACCCCCUGGGAAUGGAAUCUACAUCAACUUUACUGUCCUACAAACAGAACCGAUCUAUGAUUUCAUCACUGUAUGGGAUGGACCAGACCAAAACUCACCACAGAUUGGACAGUUCAGUGGCAAUACUGCUUUGGAAUCAGUCUACAGCACUUCAAAUCAGAUUCUAAUCAAAUUCCACAGUGAUUUCACAACAAGUGGCUUUUUUGUGCUCAGUUAUCACGCCUAUCAACUAAGAGUGUGUCAGCCUCCACCACCCGUACCUAAUGCUGAAAUUUUGACAGAAGAUGAUGAAUUUGAAAUAGGUGAUAUUAUUAGAUAUCAAUGUCUUCCAGGAUUUACUUUGGUUGGUAAUGCAAUUCUGACAUGCAGAUUAGGAGAACGACUCCAGAUGGAUGGAGCACCUCCCGUUUGUCAAGUGCUCUGUCCCGCCAAUGAAUUACGCCUGGAUUCUACGGGAGUCAUAUUGAGCCCUGGAUAUCCUGACAGUUACCCAAAUCUUCAAAUGUGUGCCUGGAGCAUUUCUGUGGAAAAAGGAUAUAACAUCAGCAUGUUUGUAGAAUUCUUCCAGACAGAAAAAGAAUUUGAUGUUCUUCAGGUGUAUGAUGGACCAAACAUUCAAAGCCCAGUGCUUGUUUCACUCAGUGGGGAUUAUUCAUCUGCUUUCAACAUAACAAGCAAUGGUCAUGAAGUAUUCCUUCAGUGGUCAGCAGAUCAUGGCAAUAACAAAAAAGGCUUCCGGAUAAGAUAUAUAGCUUUCUACUGUAGUACACCAGAAUCCCCGCCUCAUGGAUAUAUUAUCAGUCAAACAGGAGGACAGCUAAAUAGUGUGGUCCGCUGGGCCUGUGAUCGAGGAUUCCGACUUGUCGGGAAAAGCAGUGCUGUGUGCAGAAAGUCUUCCUAUGGGUAUCACGCAUGGGAUGCGCCGGUCCCUGCUUGUCAAGCAAUUUCCUGUGGGAUUCCUAAAGCUCCAACCAAUGGAGGAAUACUCACAACAGACUACUUGGUAGGAACCCGAGUUACCUAUUUUUGUAAUGAUGGAUAUAGACUGUCAUCUAAGGAACUUACCACAGCCAUAUGUCAGUCAGAUGGAACUUGGAGCAAUCAUAACAAGACCCCUCGCUGUGUUGUUGUUACAUGUCCAAGUAUCAAUUCCUUUACUUUGGAGCAUGGAAGAUGGAGAAUUGUGAAUGGUUCCCAUUACGAAUACAAAACCAAAGUAGUUUUCAGCUGUGAUCCUGGUUAUCAUGGAUUAGGUCCUGCUUCUAUUGAAUGUCUUCCUAAUGGUACCUGGAGUUGGAGAAAUGAAAGACCAUAUUGCCAAAUUAUUUCCUGUGGAGAACUCCCAACCCCUCCCAAUGGAAAUAAGAUUGGAACUCAGACUUCAUAUGGCUCAACGGCCAUCUUUACCUGUGAUUCAGGAUUCAUGCUUGUGGGCUCUGCUGUUCGGGAAUGCCUUUCUUCAGGUCUUUGGAGUGGAUCAGACACCAGAUGCCUAGCGGGUCACUGUGGAAUUCCGGAGCUUAUUGUGAAUGGUCAAGUCAUUGGAGAAAACUAUGGAUACAGAGACACAGUUGUUUAUCAGUGUAAUCCUGGUUUUCGCUUGAUUGGUUCUUCAGUACGAAUAUGUCAACAAGAUCACAAUUGGUCUGGUCAACUUCCAGCCUGUGUGCCUGUGAGCUGUGGUCACCCUGGUAGUCCAAUUUAUGGAAGAACAAGUGGAAAUGGAUUCAAUUUUAAUGAUGUGGUAACAUUCUCCUGCAAUGUUGGGUAUCUCAUGCAAGGGCCAACAAAGGCCCAGUGCCAGGCCAACAGACAGUGGAGCCAUCCUCCACCAGUGUGCAAAGUGGUCAACUGUUCUGAUCCUGGAAUUCCAGCCAAUUCUAAAAGAGAAAGUAAAAUAGAACAUGGGAAUUUCACCUAUGGCACUGUGGUAUUCUAUGACUGCAAUCCUGGAUAUUUCUUAUUUGGAUCUUCAGUUUUGAUAUGUCAGCCAAAUGGGCAAUGGGACAAACCUUUACCAGAAUGUAUCAUGAUUGACUGUGGACACCCUGGCGUUCCUCCUAAUGCAGUCCUGUCUGGUGAGAAGUAUACCUUUGGGUCUACUGUUCACUAUUCCUGCACAGGAAAGCGUACACUUCUAGGCCAAUCAUCAAGGACUUGCCAAUUAAAUGGUCAUUGGAGUGGAUCACAACCUCAUUGUUCAGGUGAUGCUACUGGUACAUGUGGGGAUCCAGGUACUCCUGGUCAUGGUUCUAGACAGGAAAGCGAUUUCAGAACCAAGAGCUCCGUACGCUUUGCCUGUGAUACUGGUUAUAUCCUUCAUGGUUCAGAAGAAAGAACAUGUUUAUCCAAUGGCAGUUGGACUGGAAGGCAGCCAGAAUGCAAAGCUGUACAGUGUGGUAACCCUGGGACAACAGCCAAUGGAAAAGUCUUUCGGAUUGAUGGCACAACAUUUUCUAGUUCAGUCAUUUAUUCCUGCGUGGAGGGAUAUAUUCUUUCUGGACCUUCAGUUAGGCAGUGCACAGCCAAUGGAACGUGGUCUGGAACUUUGCCUAACUGUACAAUAAUCAGUUGUGGAGACCCAGGUAUACCAGCCAAUGGACUGAGAUAUGGAGAUGAUUAUGUGGUUGGACAGAAUGUUUCUUACAUGUGCCAGCCAGGCUAUACAAUGGAAUUAAAUGGUUCAAGAAUCAGGACUUGUACAACUAAUGGCACAUGGAGUGGAGUCAUGCCAACUUGUAGAGCUGUUACCUGCCCAACUCCUCCCCAGAUCUCUAAUGGAAGGUUGGAAGGAACAAAUUUUGACUGGGGCUUUAGUAUUAGCUACAUCUGUUCUCCAGGCUAUGAACUGUCCUUCCCUGCUGUUUUGACCUGUGUAGGGAAUGGUACCUGGAGCGGGGAAGUACCACAAUGCUUACCAAAAUUUUGUGGUGAUCCUGGUAUACCUGCCCAAGGAAAAAGAGACGGCAAAAGCUUUAUAUACCAGUCAGAGGUUUCAUACAGCUGCAAUUCUCCUUUCAUAUUAGUGGGAUCUAGCACCAGAAUAUGUCAAGCAGAUGGCACUUGGAGUGGUUCAUCACCGCACUGCAUAGAACCCACCCGUACGUCAUGUGACAACCCAGGAGUGCCACGUCAUGGAUCUCAGAACAAUACAUUUGGAUUUCAAGUGGGAAGUGUUGUGCAGUUCCACUGCAAAAAAGGACAUCUUCUUCAAGGGUCUACAACACGGACUUGCCUUCCUGACCUCACAUGGAGUGGAAUUCAGCCAGAGUGCAUACCCCACAGCUGUAAACAGCCAGAAACUCCUGCUCAUGCAAAUGUAGUAGGAAUGGACCUUCCAUCCCAUGGGUAUACAUUAGUUUAUACCUGCCAGCCUGGCUUCUUCUUAGCUGGUGGAACAGAACAUAGAGUGUGCAGAUCUGAUAACACCUGGACUGGAAAAGUUCCUGUUUGUGAAGCUGGUUCCAAAAUAUUGGUGAAAGAUCCUAGACCUGCACUUGGAACACCCAGUCCAAAGCUAAGUGUUCCUGAUGAUGUGUUUGCCCAGAAUUAUAUAUGGAAAGGCUCUUACAAUUAUAAAGGAAGGAAGCAACCCAUGACCUUGACAGUUACCAGUUUCAAUGCUUCCACUGGGAGAGUCAAUGCAACACUCAGCAAUAGCAACAUGGAACUGCUACUUUCAGGAGUGUAUAAAAGCCAAGAAGCUCGCCUAAUGUUACACAUCUAUCUUAUUAAAGUACCAGCUCAAGCUUCUGUGAAGAAAAUGAAGGAGGAAAAUUGGGCAAUGGAUGGCUUUGUUUCCGCUGAGCCUGAUGGAGCUACUUAUGUAUUUCAAGGAUUUAUUCAGGGUAAAGAUUAUGGGCAAUUUGGACUACAAAGACUAGGACUGAAUGUGUCAGAAGGCUCAAAUUCUUCAAAUCAACCUCAUGGUACAAAUAGUAGUUCCGUGGCUAUUGCUAUUCUGGUGCCUUUUUUUGCACUUAUAUUUGCAGGAUUUGGAUUUUAUCUCUAUAAACAAAGGACUGCUCCCAAAACCCAGUAUACAGGAUGUUCAGUUCAUGAAAAUAACAAUGGCCAAGCAGCUUUUGAAAAUCCCAUGUAUGACACCAACGCAAAGUCAGUGGAAGGGAAGGCAGUACGGUUCGAUCCCAACUUGAACACAGUCUGCACAAUGUAUCAUACUGCUAUCUUUUUUUAGCCUGGUUGUCAUAGUUUCUGCAAAUGGCAAGAUCAUCAUGCUAUUUUCCUGAUUUCGCUCAUUAUGUUGUAACCAAUAUUAUUCAGUGAGCCAUGGGGUAAGUGUUUAAUUCCUUGCUUCAAUCUUUUUUGUUCCUCAGAAACCACUUUAGCUGGCAAAAACUGUCUAUAAUAAUCAUGAUUUUGCAGUUAUCUGAGAUACCAAACUUAACAUUCUUUCUAAUAUUUUUGCAAGACCAAAUAGAACCUAUCAAUCUACUUAUUUAGUUUAUAACUUAUCUGUUUUUCCUUCAAGCUGAGUCUUCAAAUUUAUUUAAUAUUGCUUUGAACUUUUAUCUAACAGUGAGUUAGAAGUAUAAGCUUGUUAAACAUUUUAGUUAACAUUGAGGUAAACAUAUAUUUUGGACCAUUGCCUAAAUCAAAAUGACUAAAAGUAAAAUUAUUUUCAAAUCACCAAUAUAAAUUUAUUUCCUAAAGUUGUGGAUUUACCAAAUUUUUAUAUAUAUAGAAAUUUCUAUUCUCUUAUUCUUAAGAAGCAGCUUCCAGAUAUGACAGGCUUCUUUAAUAGUCAUUAAGGUAUAUAUUUGCAAGUUACUUACAACUGUAUCACAGUAAUGCCAGCAUUUUGAUUUAAUAGGUCAUAGUCUUCCUUUAAUAGCAUGUUUUACUUCAUUGAAUAAAUUAUGUACCCAGUGUGAACACUUCAUUGUUGUCCCUUUCAAAUAUGGAUAAAGUUGUAAACAAUCUCGACUUUUUGUAUCAUGAGACAGAGUGCCUACGAGAAAUCAUUGCACCCAGAGCGCUGCUUGGAUCUAUCUCUACAACAUGUAGUGGAUUUCUUGUAAACCACUUUGAGAUACAUUGUUUUGGAAAUUCCUGUAAUUUUCCCAACAUUGUACUCUACUGACAGGAUGCUGUUUUAAAUUUUAUUCCAUCAGUUAUUUAUUCUUGUUUAUUCAAAUGACUGCAAUAACAAUGAUUCAUUCAUUAAUGUUAAGGUUAAUACAUUUAAGAUCUUGUUUAAAUAAUGUUUCUUCUGCAACUGGCUACUCCUCUUAUAUUAAUGCAUACACUUUUGUAAAGAAGUAUAUUUUUAUGAAAAAAAAAAAACUUUGUAAAAGUAUGAUGUAAAUUUUCAGUGCAAUGUAAACAAAAUAAAAGUGGAUAAUUGCUUUU